CAUUUCAGUCUCAUCGAACAAGUCAAACAGAAAUAACACGAGAGGAUCCUGUAGAUAGAAAGGUUUAGCAGUUACUGUAUUAUUGUGCUGCAGUUGCUUCAGCUCGACUUGUGUUCAACUCGGUGGCUGUGGAAAUGCAUACGAUUUAGCAAAAGCCUGGGAUAAGAUGCCACCAUGGCUCAGAGGGUUGGAAGUGGUCAGAAGUGUGGGGUGCCUGCAGUAGUUUUAUGUCUGCUAGCUCUGUUCUGUGCCAACCUGCUUCUUUAUGUCUACCUGGAUGCUCUAUAUGAGGGCACUUCCCCACCUUCAGCACACAAGCACUGCCCACCAGGCUAUUUUAGGGUGGGCACUAUGAAAAACUGCACCCAGUGGUUGCAGUGUCCUGAAAUACGUGCUAAUGUUCGUCGUCUCAGACUGAUCGGACAGGGAGCUGUUAAGCAGGUAUACCUGUCAGAAUGGCAGGGGCAAAAAGUAGCCCUGUGCGUCUUGUCAUCAGAACAGUAUAAAGCUGAUUUCCUUCAUGGGGUGUCCAUGCUACGUUCCAUGCAGAGUGUGCGUGUGGUAUCACUAGUGGGUGUGUGUGAAGAAGAUGGAGUAUUUGUUACCGAGUAUCACCCUUUGGGAUCAGCACUGACACUUGAAUCUACUCUUGCUCAGGACCGUUACCGCAGUCAGGACUCGUGGCACUUGCGGCUGCGUCUGGCACUAGAUUACGUUAUCUUCCUGGUGUUUUUACACAACAGCCCAUUAGGUACCCGUGUCAUGUGCGAUUCUAAUGACCUGCACAAAACUCUCAGUCAAUUCUUGCUCACCUCUGACCUGCGGCUUUUGGUGAAUGAUCUAGAUGCCCUGCCGUUGGUGGAGCAUGGGGGUAAGGGCAUUAAGUGUGGUCAUCGUCAGCUGCUAGGUGAUUUCGUGGCUCCAGAGCAGCUGUGGCCUUAUGGUGAGGAGGUGCCUUUUUCAGAUGACCUCAUGCCAGGCUAUGAUGAAAAGUCAGACAUCUGGAAGAUUCCAGAUGUGACUCGUUUUCUGCUGGGCCAUGUAUCAGGGAGUGAUGUUAUCCAUUUGCAGCUCUUUGAGAUCCAUGCAGAGUGUAAGAGGCCAAAUCCGAAGCUGCGGCCAUCAGCACAUGAGGUCCUCAGUGUUUAUCGCUCGGUUUAUGACGGCAUGAAGGAAAGUCACGCAGAAAGCAGCAGAGACAUGCUGUGAAUUACAUAUGAUUCAGUUCUCAUGUUUAAAUAGCAAGUAAAGAAAAUGUUAACUCGGAUCAAGCAAGUUAAAAAAGCAGUCCAGAGCCAGGGAAAGUUAAAGUGGUGAGGACAAUGGGCAAUAAAAGAUGUUAACAUAUUUAUGCAUCAUUUGGUACAAAAUGGACACAUUUAAUAAAGAUAAAUUCGUGUUUUUGGAUAGUUACCACUCACUUUGUCUUUUUCUAAUUUAAAAUUAUAAAGGAUAUUUUAUAUAUAUCCUAUUAUUAAUGUAUAAAUUGUAUUAGAAAUUUUGCAUACAUUUUUUUGGACAAAUAUCCUUUGUACCAGGCAACAGUACAUGUUAACUGUGAUGAGGCUGAUACAUGAUUCAUCCAAAUGAUCAAAUGAAAUGUAAAUAACACCGAUUCAUGAGGCUUGUUAAAACUGAGACUAUCGAAAUAA